AUGAGAUCCCUCCUACAGCUCGGCAAGGUCACCGCGCUGCUUGCCUCCUUUGGAGGCGCUGUGCUUGCGCAGACUGACAACCUGGGUCUUGGGAAUGGCUUUAUCGACGUUGAUAUUGGCAACUUCAAGGCUCGCAUUGCGCGAGAUGCCCAAGUCCUGACCUCGCUAUCACCAGCGGGUGAUUCUUUUGACUUUUUGCCCUCAGACCUUCUCGAAGUUCGCGCUCGGAAUGGUCAAUAUCAUUGGGGUGACAUCACCUUUCGUUAUCGCAAGGAGAAGGAUACAGAAUGGAUCGACGGUGACUCUUCACAGAAGCGUCAGCCCGUCAAGAAGACCACAGCCGGAAAAGGUGUUCUCGCCGCUUCAGAUAUGAGCCCUACCUUGCCGACUGGUCCGUUGAGUAUUGUCCGAGAAUGGCUCGACGUAUCUGGAGACCUGGGUCUUCAGUUCACUAUCAAGAACACGGGCAAAGAUUCCAUCGAGAUUGGCAGUCUUGGAUUCCCUGCUGAGUUCAACAGCAUCUUCAGCAACAGAAAGGCCACCGAGAUGCAAGCUCAUUGCUCCCUUUCUGAUCCGUACAUUGGUAUGGAUGCUGGCCAAAUCCGUGUCGCACCAGUGAAGGGUACUGGGAAGGGUCUUGUGGUCACACCCUUGACCGGCACAUCAUCGCCUCUGGAGGCAUACCGAAACCUGGUCGAGGCUAACAUCGAGCCCACUUACUACGGAAGUCAGACUUUUGAGGGCUUCUACGAGUGGCAAGUCCUCACCAAGGCUUGGGCAGAGACAAAGUGGAAGUCACAAGAGCCUUGGAACCCACCUUCAUCCAAGGUCUUGAAGGCUGGUCAGUCGCUCAAGGUCGGCGUCCGAUUCACAGUUUCGGACUCGAUCCGAGACUUUGACAAGGCUGUUCGGAAGACGGGAACCCCUGUUGCUGUCGGCAUUCCUGGAUUCAUCAUUGCCCAAGAUCUGCCAGCCCAACUCGUGCUUCAGAGCGAUAGUGCUGUGUCGUCUGUCACUGUCUCACCUAACGGUGCUCUUCAAGUCAAGGAGGACGGCAAGGGACGAUACACUCUUAGCCCAGCUUCCUCGACUUGGGGUCGCGUGCGAGUGACAAUCAAGUACAAGGAUGGAAAGACUCAAACGGUCCACUACUUUGUCACCAAGCCCACAACCGAGGCGCUGAGUGACAUGGGAAGCUUUCUCACCACCAAGGCUUGGUUCAACGACUCUUCCGAUCCCUUCAAGCGAUCUCCUUCUGUCAUGACUUAUGACUAUGAGAAGGGUGCUAUCGUCGAUCAGGACGCCCGAGCUUGGGUUGCUGGACUCAGCGAUGAGGGUGGCACUGGCGCAUACGUCGCGGCUUUGAUGAAGCAGGUCGUUCAGCCCAACGCCGAGGAAAUCGCCAAGCUAGAUGAUUUUGUGCAAACUGUCAUCUGGGGUGGAAUUCAGAACAAGGACUAUGGUGUUAAGAAGUCCCUAUUCUUCUACGAGCCAUCCUCAGUUCCUGGAUACAGCUACAGCAAGGACAUUGACUGGACAUCUUGGACAUCCUGGAACAAGCAAGCUUCCUCUGUCGUUGACCGUGCAUACAACUACGUGCACGUCACCGCAGCUUACUGGUCCCUGUACCGCGUUGCUCGAGCGUAUCCAGAUCUCGCAUCCAAGGACUGGGACUGGUACUUGACCCAGGCUCAGAAGUCUAUCAUCCGUAUGACCAAGAGCGAUGUUUGGUACGGAGAUGUCGGUUUGAUGGGUGAGACAGUUUUUGGAGAAGUCCUGGUCGACCUGAAGCGUGAAGGCAAAGACGCUCUUGCCAAGGCGUUGGAGGAUGCCAUGCACACGCGAGCCAAGCUCUGGGACUCGCAAGAGAUUCCGUAUGGCAGUGAGAUGGCUUGGGAUUCGACUGGCCAGGAGGGAGUUUACUACUGGACUCGCCACUUUGGUAUGACCGACUCGGAGCACAAGACUAUCAACAGUGUUUUGGGAUACAUGCCAAGCGUGCCUCACUGGGGCUGGAACGGUAACGCUCGACGAUACUGGGACUUCAUCUACGGAGGCAAGCUUAGGAGAAUCGAGCGUCAGAUCCACCACUACGGCUCUGGCCUCAACUCCCAAGUCCUCCUCUCUGCCUUCCGCGACGACCCAUCCGAUACCUAUCUCCUCCGCGUCGGAUACGCUGGAUCGAGUGCCCCGAUUUCCAACAUCAACCAAGACGGUUUCCCAAGCGCUGCCUUCCAUUCUUGGCCCGACACCCUCAAGUGGGACGGUAUCACUGGUGACUACGGUGGUGGCUUCAUCGGCACUGCCUUGAACUCGGGAACCUACGUUGUUGAUGACAAGGAUCUUGGUGUUGUUGCCUUUGGAGGUAUUCUAUCCAAGAGCGGCGAUAACGUCACAGUCAAGCCCAAGGACGCUGUUCGUCAGCGAAUCUUCAUCGGACCUCUAAAGGUAUUGAUCACCGUCGAUGUUGGGUCUAUCGAUGAGUUCGCCUACAAUGCUGCCAAGGGUACUGUUGAGGUGACCUUGUCCCAGACAAAGGGAGCGCCUAAGGCUUCAAAGGCUGCUGUUUGGGUAGAGUCUACUGGCAGCGACAAGUGGCAGAUCAAGGCUACAGGAGCCAGUGCGGGUCGUGGAGGGCAGAUUGUUCCUCUGGGCUCUGGAUCUGUUAGCGUUUCGUUUAGCAAGGCAUAG